AAGUGGACUGUACCAGCCCUCAUACACAUAGACAGACCCUGGCUGGGUCACCUCGGACUGGGAAAGGAGAUGAUGUGGGCCUGUUUUCUGGGGUACCCGGCUGGCGUCCCGCCCUGCGUUCCUGCGUAAACAGGCGGUUCCCUCGGCAACGCCUGGAACCCAUGUCAAGGUUCCACCAGUCCCGGGUGGUGACCGCCCCGUUUCGGCCGAGCCCCACCCACUCCUCGCGGCGGCCGCUGGGGUCGGCUCAACCCUUCACCCUGCUGCGGGAUGAGCAGAGCGGCGGCCUGCGGGGAGCCCCAUGGAGGAGCAGGCGCGGCCCCCCGGCAGGCCGCCCGCGAGCGUGGCCUUACCAGGCAGCGCGCAUCCGGGCGGGGCGGCUUCCACGGCCACCGCGGCCGCGCUGUCGUUCAGCGCCGUAGCCACGGUAACGCUGGGAAACCAGAGCGAGGCGGGCCGCCCGGAGGAGGCGGCGGGGCCUCGGGGACCCGCGCCGCUGCUGUGGCACGGGGCGGCGGUGGCCGCCCAGGCGCUGGUGCUCCUGCUCAUCUUCCUGCUGUCUAGCCUGGGCAACUGCGCGGUGAUGGGGGUGAUCGUGAAGCACCGGCAGCUGCGCACGGUCACCAACGCUUUCAUCCUGUCGUUGUCCCUGUCCGACCUGCUCACCGCGCUGCUCUGUCUACCCGCCGCUUUCCUAGACCUGUUCGCGCCUCCGGGAGACUCGGGGCCCUGGCGCAGCUUCUGCGCCGCCAGCCGCUUCUUCAGUUCGUGCUUUGGCAUCGUGUCCACGUUCAGCGUGGCGCUCAUCUCGCUGGACCGCUACUGCGCCAUCGUGCGGCCGCCGCGCGACAAACUGGGCCGGCGGCGCGCGCUGCAGCUGCUGGCCGGUGCGUGGCUGGCUGCCCUCGGCUUCUCCCUGCCCUGGGAGCUGCUUCGGGCGCCCCGGGAGCCCCCGGCUCCGCAGAGCUUCCACCGCUGCCUUUACCGGACCUCUCCAGACCCCGCGCAGCUGGGCGCCGCCUACAGCGUGGGCUUGGUGGUGGCCUGCUACCUGCUGCCCUUCCUGCUGAUGUGCUUCUGCCGCUACCACAUCUGCAAGACCGUGCGCCUGUCGGACGUGCGCGUGCGGCCGGUGACCACCUACGCGCGCGUGCUGCGCUUCUUCAGCGACAUGCGCACGGCCACCACCGUGCUCAUCAUGAUUAUCUUCGUCAUCUGCUGCUGGGGCCCCUACUGCUUCCUGGUGCUUCUGGCUGCGACUCGGCAGGGUCAGGCCACUCAGGCCCCCUCGCUGCUCAAUGUGGUGGCUGUCUGGCUGACGUGGGCCAAUGGGGCUAUCAACCCUGUCAUCUACGCCAUCCGCAACCCCAACAUUUCUAUGCUCCUAGGGCGCAACCGUGAGGAGGGGUACAGGACUAGGAACAUGGAUGCUUUUUUUCCCAGCCAUGGCCUGGGUUUGCAGGCCAGAAGCCGCAAUCAUCUACAAAAUGGCUGUGCCAGCAGGCUGGGGGCUUGUAGCAGGAUGCCUUCCUCCAACCCGGCUAGUGGGGCAGGAGGGGAAGUGGUCAUGUGGGCUCGCAAAAACCCAGUUCUGUUCUUCUUUCGAGAGGGACCACCAGAUUCGGUUACGGCAGUGGGCAAACAGCACAAAUCUGAAACCGGGGAUAGUAGCCUCUAAGAAGGGAUGCGGUGGACAGUUUAUAAUCUCCACCUCUCUCAUUUAACGAUGCGGGAAUCUAGGGAGAAUUGUGGAUUUCAUAAAGCUAAGCAUUUAAAACUAAAAAGGCAGAAAUGGGCGGGUUACCACUUCAUUCUCAAACAUAAAACACGCAAGGGAACAUCCCCUUUCUUCAAAAGUGCCGGAAAAAAAUGUGAAAUGCAAAAAUUAAAACAAUCUUAAACCACACAAACAAGCAUUGUGAGGUGUAAGUGCUAACAAGCCACAAAAUAAAAUUCACAGUUACUGAAAAGCUCAUAUUACAAGAAUUACCACACUGUGAAACAAACAAAAAUCAUUGAACGGAACUUAACGGAUUUAUUCAAAUACUGUUGUUUUUUUUU